UUAGACUCGAAUCAAAUUCACAUUUACUCUCCAGCGUCGCCGGCUGCCGUUCACGCCGGAGUUAUCCGACUCUAGCGAGCCACGCCUCUAUCUCUUCUUCCCCUAUUUAUCCCUCCAUCCCUCAUUCUCCAUCUUCCAUGAAAAAUUAUUUAAAAGCUUGAAUCUCACAACCAUUGCAAAAAUUGGAUUUACAUGCCAUCAAAUCUACUUGCACGAACGACACAGUCUAGCGAGUGUCCCACCAGUCACCACAUAACAGUUCCUGCUUUUUCAUAGGAAUGGACGCUGGGUGUCUGCAUUCCCAUUUCAGCACAGCUCCUUUCUCUCAUGGUAAAAGGACAUGCUUGCAGUUUGACUAUCUGAAAUAUAGCACACAGCAAGGUCUUAGUUCACUCGAUUCUUUAAAGAGAACUUGCAAUAGACUCAGCCAAUUGAAAUUACGAACCCCGUUAGAGAAGUCAAAUCACUGUCAAGCUCUAAUCGUUAAAUGCGACCAUCCUCAAAAUUCAGAUUUUCCUCGUUAUUAUUCUAAAAAGGAAAAGAAACCUUUUCCUAUACCUAUUGUUGAGUUACGACGAAAUGCCAGGAAGAGGCUGAAAAAUCGUGAAAACCAACCAAGAGCACCUAUCCCACCUCCAAAACUAGGAUUGGUGGUUAAAGGACUGAUUCCUCUAGCAUACAAAGUGUUGAAUGCAAGAACAACAUUAGUUAACAAUCUGAAGAAACUUCUGAAAGUGAUGCCUGUCAAUGCCUGCAAGUGGUGUACUGAAAUUCAUGUAGGUCCUAUCGGGCAUCCUUUCAAGUCUUGCAGAGGGCCACGAGCUUCCAUUCGCAAAGGGACUCAUGAAUGGGGUAAAGCAGUUGUCGAGGACAUAUUGGUACCGCUUGAGGCAUACCACUUGUAUGACCGUCUUGGCAACCGUAUUACUCAUGAUGAGAGGUUUUCCAUCCCAAGAGUUCCCGCGGUAGUGGAGUUAUGCAUUCAAGCAGGGGUAGACCUGCCUGAAUACCCCACCAAAAGAAGAAGGAAACGCAUAAUACGCAUUGGAAAAAAGGAGUUUGUUGAUGCCGAUGAGAGUGACUUGCCCGACCUUGACCCAGAAGCUCCAACACCAGAAAUAUUGGCUGAAAUACCAGACUCAGAAAUUGUGCCACCAUCUAGCAAAGAAGAUAUAGCACUGCUUGCUGAGGAAACACUCCAAGCAUGGGAACAAAUGAGGGAUGGAGCCCGAAGGUUAAUGAAGAUGUAUCCUGUGAGGGUUUGUGGUUACUGCCCUGAAGUGCACAUAGGCCCAAGCGGACACAAAGCCCAGAAUUGCGGAGCUCAUAAGCACCAACAGCGUAAUGGGCAACAUGGAUGGCAGGCGGCAGUUCUCAAUGACUUAAUUCCCCCCAGAUACGUGUGGCAUGUACCUGAUGUUGAUCAGCCUAUGGAGAGGGAGCUCAGGAACUUCUACGGGCAGGCCCCUGCAGUGGUUGAAUUAUGUGUGCAGGCUGGUGCAGCUGUGCCUGAGCACUACAAACCAACCAUGAGGCUGGACGUCGGAAUUCCUAGAAACGUUGGUGAAGCAGAAAUGGCUGUUUGAUAUCUUUCCCAUUUCAGUCACCCAGUAAGUUUCCAUCCAACUAGUUUGUACAACUGUCAGUUACAUAUUAGAUAUAUAAAUGAGAAGUUUAUCAAGAUAUAAUAUAAACUCUUUCUCUCUCUCUUUCAUGUUAAAUAAGAUUAUAUAACACAUGUGUCUGUC